AUGACGGACCUCAACAUUUUAAACCGCAGACGAAGAGGUCUCAAAGGACAAGUCACGCGGUUGCUAUCAUUUAUAGGAAGUGAUAUCGACGCAAUGGACUCGACGGAAAUCGAGUGCAAACUUGAACAUGUGCAAGCUCUAGAAACCAAAUUCGAGCAGCUGAAAUUGGAUUACUAUUCAGUGCUGAAGGAUGAGGAAUUGGACGAAAAUGAAAAGAUUUUCAUUGAUCUCGAAGAAGAAUUAGAAAAAAUAGAAGUCGCCCUCAAGCGCAAGUUCAAGCAGCUGAACAACAAUAUUUCCCGCUCCUUUAAUGAUGCACCACCUAACUCAACAAUCAGUAUCCGGCUUCCCGAAAUAUCACUUCCAAAAUUUAACGGUAAAUAUGAAGAAUGGUUCCUCUUCAAAGAACAAUUUAACUCCAUCAUCAAUAGCAACUCUUCCCUCUCAGAUUCACAAAAACUGUAUUACCUGAAAUCAUCACUUAUCGGCCGCGCCAAAGAAAUAGAAACAAUAGAUGAUACCUACCAGUCCCUGUGGAAGGCCUUGACUGAGAGGUUCGAAAACAAGAGACUAAUUGUGAACAGUCAUAUACAAGAGCUGUUAAACAUCCAGAAAAUUACUCAUGAGUCUGCAGAUGAGCUGAGAAAUCUUGUGGACAAGAUUCAUAAGCAUCUGCGUGCACUCCGGCAAAUGGAUCUGCAAUUGAAGUGCAUGAAAAAAAUGCUUUUAAGACAAGAAUUGGAUCGCAAACAAGGAGAGCUGGAAGUGAUAGGAGCACAAUGGAAGAAAGAAGAUAUCUUAGAUGCCAAAAUUAAAAAGUUCCUUGCACAUCCUGUAUCUUGGCGGCCUUCCAAAGAUGGUCAGAGGCUAAUAGGACACAUGAUCUUGAAAAAACCUUUCAAGGAAGGUAUGGAAGCUUCUUCAGGUGCUGCCAUGCUAGGUCUUAAAGUAACGGGAGGAAAAGUUCAAGAAAACGGCCAAACAGUAGCCGUAGUGGACAAAGUGGUUAGAGGUAGCAUUGCAGAUACUGUUGGCCAAAUAAAAACAGGUGAUGAAAUCUUAGAAUGGAAUGGCAGGUUACUACAAAACAAAUCCUACGAAGAAGUUUACGAUAUUGUUGCUGAAUCAAGGCAAGAUACGCAAGUUGAACUUAUCGUAACACGACUAUUAAGAAACGACCGGGACCAGCCAUUAAGGCGGCAUACACACAUAGGAACACCUUCAACAAUGCCAGAUAGAGAAUGGCGUCUUUCUUUGGAUACGAGAAAGCAGAUGAGCCUUCAAGAAGAUAGAAGGCCUAGUGUCUUGGUAACGUCUCCAAAUUCUCCAGAUAAGGUACUACUAAGGCCUCACCAUGCUUCCGUUGGAGGAAGGAUUCAGGUAAGAAAACUAGAGGUGAAGCUAUGGUACGACGCCCGAUCUCUGCAGCUAGUAGUAAACAUAAUAAAAGCAGUCGGUUUACCUCCUGGGCCCAAUAACCAAAGGAGAAAUCCAUAUGUAAAAAUAUUUUUACUGCCAGACCGUAGUGAGAAGAGCAAACGACGCACCAAAACCAUUGCAAAUACUAAUGAGCCCAAAUGGAACCAAACAUUUGUAUAUUCACCGCUUCGAAGAUCGGACUUACAAACUCGAACGCUGGAAAUCAUAUGCUGGGAUUACGACAGAUAUGAUUCCAACGACUUUCUCGGAGAGGUUUUAAUUGAUUUAUCAACUGCACGGAUGGAUAACGAAAGUGAAUGGUACAUUAUGACCACCCGAGAAGAAAGUUUGGCAGCACAAUUGCAACGAAACAGCAUGUUUUUGGAUGCCGAACUGUCCGGAUCUGUCACGUCAGUAGAUCGUCUUUCUCCGCCUUCUUCUAUAUCAGUAUCUCGAUUAUCAGAUAGUGACAUUUCUGAGCUUGAUUUUGAUGAAGGACUUCCUAUUACAAGAAGAGAAAGUCGAAUUCCUACUGGUGAUGGUAGCAGCAGUAUUAGUUCAGUGAGAAGUAGUCCAACAUUAGUAGGGGAAGACAUAAUAACUGUCACAGAAAGACGCUCUAGACGGGACAUGUGGCCUGAUGAUAGAAGAAGAUCUAGUACUGUCCAUCCAAGAGAUUUAUAUUCAUAUGAAGGACCUGAAAGAAAGGAGCCUAUGUCCGGAGUUGAGUUUCCUCCCAGAAUGUCAAGUAGAGUGAGGUCGCGAUCUGUGGUGCCUGACGACGGGUCUGUGACACGAUCAAGAUCAUCCACAAGAAGAUUGACAGAGGGUGGACUUUCUCGGUCGUCGUCACCUCCUGAUCAUAGCAGUGGACUGGUUGGUCGACAUCCAUCGGGAACACCUUCACCCAAGAAAAGGCAACUUCCUCAGAUUCCUCCAAAACGAGCUACGAGGGAUCAAAUGACCCUUGAACUAGAAGAAAGAGCCAGACAGAUGAAACUAAAAAUGCAGAGGAAGCCUGAUGGUAUAUCCACUAUGAUCGUGUCAGACAGCGAAGUAUCACCCCGCCAUAUGGACAAGCAGUUCAACGUUCAUCCCCAUCCACCCCCUCGAAGCACCCGUCUACCGCCCCACCCUCCUACGGCCUCUUCAAGCACCCGAAUACGAGGCUCAAGCACAUCCGCCACAGGGGCCGAAGGACACGAGAAGGAUGUAAAUGUCACCACUGCCCUUGAGAGCGAUGGAUCCGAAACCAGCUCAGUCUCAAAAUACAGCGUCACUAGUGCCUUUUCUUCUCAGUCUGAGCAUCCCAGGGGCAGUAGAACGUUGAAGGAAUUCACGUCUCCAACGCCUGGCUACGGUCCUGUCCACCCACCCAGACCAUCCCGUGGAACCUUGAAUCGAAGCAACAGCGAUGGCGCAGCGAAUGGCAAAACUAAUAACGGAAGUCUUUCUGAUACAGCUAUAGGAGCGACAGUUGAUCAAGGUGCCAAACAAGGACAGCAAGGGACCACUUCUGGAGGUAAAAUUACGCAGUUCGGAGGAUUGUCCGCCAAAAGAAGCAACAGCACGUCCCAACUCAGUGUUUCGGGUCAUAAAAAGAGAAUGGGAUUCCGAAAGAAAAAAUCAUCAACCAUUAACGUCCAUCGUAGUGAAGAAGUUGCCCCGCUGGAAUGCCGUCAUUUAGUAAAACAAGCCAGCAGUGUGUCGUCAGACGGCGAGGGAAGUCUCAGUGGUGACAGCUCAGUGUGGUUACCAUCAAUCAGACUAGUUCCAGAAGGAGAAUUUUCCAACUUCGUAGAAGGACUUGGUUUGGGACAACUAGUUGGAAGGCAAGUACUAGCCUCUCCGAGCUUGGGUGAUAUUCAACUAAGUCUUUCAGAUCGAAAAGGAAAUUUAGAAGUAGAAGUGAUAAGAGCGAGAUGCUUACAGCCUAAACCAGGAGCAAAAGUACUGCCAGCGCCUUAUGUUAAAGUAUACCUCGUAAAGGGGAGAAAGUGCAUUGCAAAACAAAAAACUGCAAGUGCCAGAAAGACACUGGAUCCUCUGUACCAACAACAGCUAACAUUUCAUGAAGAUUACCGAGGAUGUGUACUACAGGUUACUGUGUGGGGCGAUUAUGGACGGAUGGAAAAGAAAGUAUUCAUGGGAGUAGCUCAAAUAAUGUUAGAUGAAUUGGACCUUUCAAAUUUUGUGAUCAGUUGGUAUAAACUAUUUCACCAUUCCUCAUUGGUCAACCUUCCAGCUAGCGUGCCACAAAGUUCUAUCGUAUCCGUGGAUAGCUUUGGCUGACUAAAGCAUUCCUUAGCCUUUUCUAGAGAAAAUCUGAUGUUUCAAAGUGCCACAUGUGCUGCUGGGUGAAUGGAAACUCGGCAGUCUCUACAACUCCAAGAAAUCUCUGCACAGAUGCCCGUACCGUCAUUUCCAAUGGGAAGAGUGCCUGAUGUUAUGUCAAAUAUAAAUAUUCCUCGUCAUGACUUACUUUACUCUUUCUUCAAAAACAAAUGUUCAUAUUUUAUACCCACAGCGCAAACUUCUUAUUGUGCACGUUUACUGUGUAUCACUCACUCAGGACGUCGCUGAUACAUAGGGGUCCAGUAAAAGAAUCAAAAGACCCAUUUCAAAAACUCAUCAAAUAAUGCCAAAGCUCUAAUAUCUGAAAAUUAUUUGCCAAAAGAACAAAGUUGUGUCGCUAUCUUCGAAAUAGAAAGGAGAUGAUCUUGUUCAUUACUUGAACACAGCGCAUUAGGUAAAGUUGCCAAGAUUUCAGGCCAUUAUUUCUAAACAGCAGGUUUGCGACUUAGUAUUAUAAUCUAGGUAUGGAAGAGAACAUUUUUCCUCUAUUUUUUCUUUUUUCAAGUUUUUAUACACUUCCUUGUGUCAAAGAAUUCCGUACUAGUUUGGAAAGAAAGUAGAGAAAAUGAUACACAACAAGUAGCCAGUCAAAAACAUAACAGCUUUUAAAUUUUCAAAAGUAUGAAAAGAAGCAUUUUUUCUAAUAUUUAAAUUUUUACUGAAUGAGCAGUGAGAUCUACUGACAAGGCAACAUUAAUAAAUAUUUAAAGCUAGAUUUUUAAUUAGUUAAAAAUGGCACAUUCUUCAUUUCGUCAGAAUCAUUGAACUCACAUUAUGUUAAACUCUAUGUAUAUAAUAUAUAUAUAUACUAUAUGUAUAUCAAAUUACUUUUGUAACUUUUGAAUAAUGUUACAAAAAAAGAGUCAAAGAUUUUAAUGCUAUAUCUAAAAGAUAAGUUUCACUUAUGUUAAAUUCAAUUACUUAGUGUGAGAGGUACUUCAAAGAGAGAUUAUGCUUACAUAUUUUCUUUAAAAAGAAAAAUUUCGUUUAUCCUCUCAUACUAAGUGGAUCUUUUAUAUAUACAUAAUUUUUAAUAUCAUUGUUGUGUUUUAAAGAUUUACAUUUUGUAAGACUGAUUCAAGUGCUACAGUUGGCCUUGAAUACGUUUGUAUUGAUACACGGAUUUAGAGAGAAUGCUCCGGGAAGCCAAAAAGAAUCCCUUCAAACCUGACAUCUAUCUGUGAAUAUAUCUGUCUAAGCUCAUGGUGGCUACCGUAUCAUAUCAUGUUACAUUUUUUUCAUUGCAGAUUAUAUAUAAUGCGACUGCAGUUGCAACAUCUGUUGUUACAGCUUUUUUGGCUGUUCUCUUCAACAAGAAGUUUGUUAUACGCUUAUAUUUUAAAAAGUAUGUUAUUGAUAUGUUUUGAUGAUUACAAUAAUUCUAUUAUAACCAUCAUAUCAAUAAUGCAUGCUACUACAUCGAUUAUUACAACUAUUCUAUUAAACUAAAUUAAAUUUUCGU